UUGUACAUUAAAGCACCAAUACUAUAUAGCAUAGUAGAAGUGCUCUAAUAGUUUGAGACAACAAAUAUUAGAAUAUAUGGGCUACAUAUUUUUGGUAUAUACCUACUCAACCCGAGAUCCGGGUCAUUGGAUUUAUCCCCAAAAAAUUGGGUGAUUUAAGAAUAAGUAAUUAAACAUAUGUUAUGCACUCUAUCAGUGGGGUCAAGAUAGAUAGUACUUAACAAGAGUAAUCAAGUAUGUACCCUUCUUUCUAAGUGGGUUGCAGAUCUAAGAGUUGAGAAUUAAUAUCAUUUUAUUUUCCCUAUUUUUUUUAAUCAAAUCAAAUCUUUUAUGUUCUAACUCGAAUUUCAAAUUUUUUUCACAGAUGAAACGAGUUCUUUUUGCUCUACAAAUAGAUCAAUUUUCAAUAUUUUUUGAGAAAAAAAAUCAUACCUUUCGUUACCAACUUCGUACCAUAUGGUAUCUCCUUUGUUUUUAGUCAUUUUUUAAAAUAUUUGCACAAAAGGAACGAGUACAUCAUGAUCUACAAACUGCUGGGCGAAAAAAUACAGGAUAAAAAGAUAUCAUACCAUACCACUCCCGUAUGUGGGUGAUAUCUUUUGGUACACAAUGUUGAAAGUCGUAAAUGACAGUUAGUAUAUUUCUAUUAUCAUGUAUUCAACUAUCCUACAGUCUGGUAUGUUCAUACCACCAUGGUACGCUUUCAUACCAUAUGAUAUGCUUUUAUUUAAUAUCAAUCAAUACCAUACGGUGUAAAUUGGUAAAAAUAUCUCAGUUUAAAAGCUUUACAUGAGAGAGAAUGGAUGCUGAUAUGGCGGAUUAUGGUUGGGUUACUCAUAAUUACUCGCCACAAGUUUACUUAUGGGUUCCGCUCCCCUAUCACUGACUUUAUUACAACCACUAUCAUUUUCUGGCUUUUCAUCUUAUGUGUCGACCAAUGUGUCAGACACAAGAUAUUUAUUUAUAAUAAUAUUAGUGUGUAAGUUAUGAAUUAUUGAAAUUAUAUUUUGGAUUUUAAUACCUGAAGAUUCAUGUAUCUUGGCGCCAAGCGCCCUUCAGAGCCCCAGAUAUGUUUAAUAGUUUGAUAUGUAGUGUUCUAGGUUGUAUGAAGUCUUACACGCUAUGUUAUUAUUAUGAUAUGAUAUUGGUAUGAUGGUAGUAUGAAUUCUUAUCACAGUGAUAAGAUUAUGGUAUGUCAUUUAUAAGAUUGAAGUAUGAUCCCACUUGGCCACUUCUACAAUCCAAAAAUACUUGCCAAAGAAGCUAUCAAGGUUGGAAAGAAAAGAGGCAGAAUUUGGCUAAGUCAAAUUCCGAGUUCAUGGUACUUACUUUGGAGGCAUGGUUCUCUCAAUUAGCUCGGUUGAAAUUCGAGGUUAGCUAUUUGUUUUGAAGACAAAGUUACCCUGUACACAUUGGUAUGGAUUUUGGAUCCAGAAGAACCAUUAAGACCAUUUUUCAAGCAUCCAAUAAUGCUAUAUGGAAAGCUGAAAAUGGCUAUGGUAGAAAUUUGGUUUGUGAAGCCUACUUUGGAGCUCAAUUCGAGGAGCAUGGAUCUUAUUCGAGUCCAAAAGCUUCCACGACAUGAAAUAGGUAUGUUUUUCUACCAAGGUAAUGAAUUGGAUGAAAGAAUGGAGAUCUGGAAGGCCUCGAACGGAUGGCACGAUGUUACUACGAAAGUUGUUUUGCUGGAAGCUUACUUUUGCGUGAAGAAAGAGAGUUUGAGUCCGAAUUUUGAAACCUUUUUAGAGUAGACUUUUACCUUAUUUGGUUUCUUGUUCAUUUAGGUUUGUAUUAGUGGUUGUUGCAAUGGUCAUGCCACACAACCACAUUUCUAGCUAUCUAUGUUAGCUCAAUGGCAUAUAACUAACUACAUACCUAGAUGAUUUGGUCCAGACUCUCAAACCAAUUCGUACCGACCGGUUGGACCAGAUAUACAGGAUACCAGACCCAAAAUGGUAGGCACAUGGUUUUAACGGUAGAAAACAGUUGAACCCUUGUUUUAGUAUAAAAUUUCUACCACUUAAUUUUCGGUAUUAUCUUCAGCUACGGUUUCACAAUCCUUGGUUCUAGUAUUGACCUAUGGGGAUAAUCACAUCAACUUAGCUAAAAACUAAAAAAAUAGCCACCUUUAUCAAAGCAAGAGAUUGGCAUUGAUUAAACGACAAAUAGACAUAGAUAAUACGGUAACAAUAAUUCAUACAUACAAACACAUAACUCCUAAACAACAAGAGAGCAUAGAACACACAUACACAGUACAAGGAGUAGAAAAAAUGACAAUCUUAUGUUAGAUCCAUCUUCUCCUUCUUGACUUGAGCACCACUCUUAAAUCUCAAGAUGAUAUGGGGUUACAAUGAGGAAAAUGUCACUCAAAACCUCUACUAACACAUCACUCUCACUUUAGAUCUCUAACCCUAUAUUUUCCACACUCCAUGAUGCCUCCUGUUGCUUUAAAAGAGCCCCAAAGUACUUAUAUAUUUGUGCACAAGGUAGAGUUCACGGCUUAGGGUUCGGUGAAGUUCACGAAUAUGAACUUUGGCCAGAUCCCAUGAACUUUUGAAAAGCAGAUUCAUGUUUAGGGCAAGGUCACGGACUCAACCAAGUCGUAACCAUGUUCACAAGAAAAUUUUCAAUUCCACGCAUGAGAUCUUUUCUCGUGGUCGCCAUCUCGCGGUCUAGUUUUUCAGGGGCAUGAGGUUGGCUGUGAGACCUUUUGUACUCAUCAUUGCUCACACACAUGGCCAAAACAUGCAGUUCACGGCGAAGAUCUCUGGUUGUGAUGAACGUCGUGGCUUGGGUCACGGUCGUGCUCUAACCAUGACCUAACCUAAGCUUGAGCCUCUUUCACAUUCUUUUCAACCUUCAAACAAAUUUCAAUGAGCAUGAAACUUGAUACGCUCGUUCCUUAUCAUGCUAGGGCCUGAGAUUUGGAAAGAAAGUACAAGUCUAAAAUAGGAUGAGAAUGAACGAGUUAUGAGCCAAAUGUACAAGAAAUGAUAAAGUCAUGUUGAAUUUUAAGGCAUGAAGAUUUAAGUGAAUGUAACCACAAAAUCAACCCAAAAUGGCAGAAGUUUGAUGAUUAUGACAUUUAAACACCUAAGAAAUAUGAGAUUAAUUAAGGGUUGGUAAGGAUACAAUACCACGAGUUUUGUAGUCCUGCAAAACCUCUAUGUAUGGUUGAGAAUGAGAGCUUGUAGGGGGUAAAGAGCAAAAGUAGAAAAUAUGAGACAAGGUUGAUUGGAUUUUUUGGACAGCUAACCAGAUUUUGAGUGACUGACACGAAUUCCUAGGUAGUUGUUAAAGCACUUUUCAAAUCUCUUCCAAAAAUUUAAUGGACCUUAUCACAAUUGUUUUACAUUGGAUUUCAGAUAAUUUUUCACAGGAAAAUCAUAUUUUUGUGCUCUACAAGAUGAUAUCCAUUUUGAUAUUUUUUGAAACAAAAUAUUUUAUGUCGUUCUACCACUAGCAGCUCACAAUAUUACCACUAGCAGUGAUAUGAUAUCACAGUGGUAUGAUGUUGAUAUUAGUGAUAUAAUGUUGAUAUGAUGUUGGUAUGAUAGUAACAUGAUGUUGGAUGAAGUCUUAUGUUUGUCAAGAAUAAUUUGAUCAUACCAACAUUAUACUGUCAAACAUAAGACCUCAUACCAAAAUGUAUACCAGUAUUUUGGCAAAUAUGGGUAUUGGGUGUUGAGGAGCCAAAUUUUACUAGGUUUCUAAGUGAGAAGCUAUAAAUGGCUAGGGGAAAA